UGUGCGCACAAUGAUGUUUCACACUGCAGAGCAAAAUUGAUUCAAAAAUACCUGCGUCAAAACACUCCAUAAAUAGCCCAAAACUGGCUCCAAAUGCCGUAAAAGAUCAACAUAAAAGAGAAAGAAUUUCGCGUUACAACUCUCAGAAUUGGGCUCUAUUCAAAGCCCAAAUUUGAGGGCACGCUACCCACAAUACACUGCCCUAAUAGAUCUAGGCAUGCGUACUGGUGCUUUUGUUAGAGGUUUGGAGCACAUGGCGGGUUUCUGAAAGUACGAAACAUUCCUCGGAUUUGAUAGUGCAAUUAUUUUGCACAACUGUUGUUCUUCACAAGGAAACAUUUCCUUACUCAUGUCUUCUUGAUCUACAAUUGCAUUCUCAUGACCCAGGACGAUGGGUUUUUCGGGAUUUUUGGAGUAUAUUGAGCGAAUUUGCCCGCAGGCAUGCGAAAGAGUCGAUCUCGGACAACUUGCGAGAAAGCGGCUGCAGCAGAGCGGGCCCGGCCGUCGUGGCCGAGCCCUGGUCGGCCAAAACCCCCUCUUUCUUCUGGUGGACGCGGAGAGCUGUUUGCAUCGUCUGUAUGGCGGGAGUUUCACAGACUGGGUAUGUGGUGGUGAGUGGAAUAACAUGUUCCACUUCGUGGACAACCUUGCCCGUACAUGCCGAAGCAACAACAUCAAGCUUAUCGUGUAUUUCUGCGGAAGUUUGGAAAAGGGACGGAUACAAGAAUGGCUCAAGACGCAAAACCAGGCUCGGAAUACAGCUUUCCAAGUUCUUUCUCACGUCCACAACAAGGGAACACCUCCACCUAAGGCGUGGUUUACACCUCCAGCUGCCCUUGAUACCUGCGUGCGCCUUGCCAUGCGACAGUGCGGUGUCACCACCCUGUGCAGUUCCCAGGACCACCCCCGCGAAGUCAUCACCUACCUGCGCCAGUACGGCUGCCACGGCAUCCUGGCCCAGACGCCGGAGUUUGCGCUGUUUGACCCACCCUUGCUCUUCUCCUCCCACCUGAUGAAGCUGACCAAGAAGGGGGAGCUACUGUCAGUCCAGUAUUCGAUGGAGGAGGUGGCCAAGGCGCUCAACCUGCACCCAGAGAGAUUGGUCAUCCUUGCUGCCUUGCUGGGCAAUCACAUUUUGACUGAGGAAGAUCUUGCCCUAUUCCACUGGUCGCUGUUAGGCCCAGAUCACCCCCUCAAUGGACUCAGACUGAGGGCCCAGCAGCUGAUUUUGCCACCCCUGGAUGUCAUCGUCAACACCGUCAGUGAGUACGUGCGCAACCUGCCGGACACCCGCAACCUGGAGGUGGUGGCCCGCGACGUCUUCAAGAACUCCACCUCCCGCACCGAGGAGAAGAUCCGCCGCUUCAAGGCCUGCGUGGAGUACUACUGGUACGGCACACGGGAGGCCUGGGGCAGGUCAAGGGGCAAAGUUCCCAAGUUCAGUCAUUAUCCCUCUGGCGGUCACCACAACAACGUAUCUCACAAGAAUCAGGCCAACACGCGAACCACACAGGUGCAGCAGGAGUCUUCAGCCCCACAGAUUGUCGUCCAGGCACCUGAGCAACCGCAGUCAGACCUAGAAAAGGCCUUGACCGAUGACAUCCACGCUCAGAUGGAGGAAGACCUGGAGAAGAGGAUGGCGGAUAUGACCUUGGAAACCAUUGAAGAUAGCCCUAGUGAUGGGGAAGGGACCGAAGGGAAAGCAAGCAGUCCACAGAGGCCACAGACCUCAACACGUAGUAAAACACCCCAGGACCCCCAGCUACCUUCCUCCAGCAGUAGUCUAUCCUCAAAACAGCCAACUGAUGCCCAGUCAUCGGACACCUCCUCCACUACGCAAACUUCCCGCUCCUCCAUCCCGUCGCUGAUGGAGCAGCCUGUCCUCCCCUGCCUGCUGGUGGAAGCUCCGCCCCUCCCUUUCGUGGCUCCCGAGGUGCUGAGGAUAGCCAAGCACCGGCACGAGACAGGGACCAUGAUGGCCCAAGUUGCUCAAGCUCUGAGAUGGGGUGAGAUCAAGAUUGGGGUGACCCUUGAGGAUGAGAUGAGCGGGGAGUUUCCUCUCUCCACUCACCUCUUCCGCCCCAUCCGUCAGAAGGUUUACGGCAUCCUCUUCAGCUGCCAGCAUCUGAAGGAGGUCAAUGGGAGCGGAGAAAUGCCCAAAGUGGUCCUGAAGGAGUGGCUGAUCCGUCGGGAGUCCACCCUCCCCAAGCCAGACCUAGUGGAAGCCACGCCCAUGGAGUGGCUGGUACCGCCUAUCCAGCGGCUUUGGCUGGGCCGCGAGCCCGAGGACAAGACAAUGAGACUGAGGGCAUUCCUGUCGUGCAUGUACAGCGACUCCCCGGCCAUGCUGAAGACCACCUAUGUGCCCAGGCACGCCAUCAUACUGUGCUGUGUCCUUAGGUACAUGCUCCACUUCAGUCCUCCUAUUCUCAGGAGACAUGAGUUAGAUGCCUUCUUGGCUCAGAGUGUCUCACCAUCGCUCAACCAACCGCAGACGUUACAGGAACUCAGGGUUCCCAGCAUCUCUGCCCGUGGUGUACAGUUAGCUGCCAUCUUCAUGCGCGGCGUGGAGGCAGCACUGUUGGCUAACGACGCCUGCGGUGCCCCCAUCCCCUGGGAGCUGUGCUGCCCCUGGCUGUACUUUGAUGGGAAACUGUUCCAGUACAAGCUACACCGUGCCAUGAGCGGUAGCAACCUGAGAGACCUGUGUGACGGCAAGAUGGACCAAGUGGGUAAGGUGGAGCGCAUGAGGCAAUGCAUCCAGGACGGUGUCCACAUUGAUUUUGCCCGACCGGUCAUCCCACCGAUGGGUCACCCUCCCCAGUUCCCACCCCAGGAGUAUUACUACAACUUUCGACCGGCCGGAGCGUCCAUGCCGCCGAUGCCUCCACAGAUGGGUCGAGGUAGAGGCAUGCAAGGCAAACGACCUCCUGUUCCUGGUCCCGGAGGUCGGUUGGAGGUCGCUGGGGUCGUUGUGGGUGAAUGGGCUGGAAGUGAUGGAUCAAGGGGCAGAGGUGGCAUGUAUUCAGCUUCGGGCGCACCGGUGAGAGGUGGUCGGCCAAAUCAGCGAGGGGGGAUGGGGCGAGGUAGCUAUGGCAAUGGCGCAAUGCAUGGAUACUUCCCUCCAGGACCUCAACAGAUGUGGGGCGUACCGGACGCAAGGCAACAGCAAAUUUAUGGGGAGCUAGGCCCCGGUUAUCGGCGCCAAAACCCGAGCAAGCCCAAACCCAAGCGAGUCCAGAGAAACAACGGUGAUAGCAGUGUCAUGCCAGGAAAGGGCAGAGGCCGAGGCUUGACCAUCGACACCGAGGAGCCGUCGGCCGGGGGCGACACGGCGGACGUGGAGAGGACGGGUGAAGGAGAAGAAGAAGAACAGGGGCUUGGGACCGGCGAAGGCCGGCCGAAAAUGAGCGUGUCGGACUCGGCCAGUGAAUCCAGCAGCUCAGAGGAGGAUGUCCCAGGGGCGUUCAGCGAUGCCAAGGAAACGCUGUCACCGGGUGGCGACUUCAGCCCUGCCCCGACGGACUUUCAAGGCGCCUCCGAGGACGUGGUGUCAAGUUAUCACGAGGGCGGAUACGAGCUGCCCGGUACCCACACAGGACCACCGUAUAACGGAGGCGUAGACACCAUGCAUGCUGAGAGCAGGGAGGGCACAGAUGUCCCCUAAGAUGCAAACCCAGAAUCAUGGAUUUCUUGCUCCUUUUCAAUCAUAUUUUUUUUUUUUUUAUUACUGAAGGAAAUUAAAGAUGAGAGGAGAGUUCAUAUUUUUUGGAUUGAUGUGUGCUGAAUGGAUGUUGGCAACCAGAGACAAAAAUUUAUAAUAAAAUUUGGAAAAAAAAGAUGUAAAAAAAAGAUAGUGAAGGUAACUGAAAAGGGAGGCACUUUGUUUCGCCUAUGAAAUAGGAGAAAAAAGGUUGUCAGCAAGAAGUGCUAAAAAAUUCUUGAGUGGUUUAGUGACUGCAGUUUUUUGUAUCUAACUGUUUUCGUAACCCUCACACUAGAUCUCUUUCUAUACUGACAAAGGGCGCCUUUCUGUUUGGAGCAGUGAGUAGUUGGUUAAUUGUGCAUGUGGCUAAUUCAUAUCCAUCCAUCACACAUCAGUGGUAGGUCAGGGGUCAUCCAGUCUAGCGAUGACUUUUGACACUGACUCAUAUCGGCCGCUGUCUUCGGUAUCAUCAGAGCGCUAGAAAAGACGGUUUUUCGGUGGUGUUUCACUUUUUUUGGCACUCAGCGACAUUUGGUGGAGAUGCUUUGGAGCAUUGUCUUGAAUUAGCUCCGCUUCGGCAUGGGAAGCUCAGUGAAGGUGUAAGUCGGUUCAGGCAAGUCUUUACGACGGAAACAACUUGGCCACAGCUGGAAAGUAACCCGUAGUCUACGAGAAGCAGACUUGUCUGAUUCCGUAGAUGAUCGUGUUAUUGCUGGCCCCGUAUCCAAGUAUUUCAGAUACAGCCUUACAAAACACAAAAUGGGACAUGGAGGAAGGAUGCUUACAACUGGCUACAAAUCAAAACAAAUCGGAAACCAGGGCUUGCAAAGUGCGCAUGUUGUAUAUGAACAUUAGCUGGUAGCCGUCAAACUGUGCCAAGGUUGUAGAUCUGGGAGUAGUUGGACUUUCUACCAGGUGCGUCUGAUUUGCAGCGUUGUCAUGGGAGGACCAAUUUUGAAAGUAUACCAGAAUAUUACCUGGCCAUUGUUCACCGACAGGUUUCACAACAGUUUAAGAAUGAUAUUUGUUGAAUUUGGUGGGGGGGGCGUUAGGCAAAGUGCUGAAACUGGACCCAUACCUUCGUGGAACAUGCGACACUUGUCUGUGUGUCAGUGUUAGAGACAAGAGACUGGCUCCACAUAUCUGCAUUUAGGUUGACAUAUCAGAACUUGAUAUGCAUAAUAUUGCAAGCAAUGUCAUGUUUUUAUGCACAUUUUACCCACAAUGAUAUAGUGCCUUCUGAAGAAAAAAAAAACGAAACAAAAACAAAAGGUACAAACCUUGAGAGUGAAUUCCGCCUUCCUCCAAGGGCUGACUUUUUGACUGUCAAAUCUUGAAACCAACUAUGCAGCGAGGCACAGUUUUGUAUUUAUAAAAAGUACCCCUUUGAUAAAAGAGUUUUUUCUUUUCUUGUACAGCCCUUCUUUCUUAAAGACAAGAAACAAUAUGGCCUUCAUUUGUUAAGAUACUCUCAGGUUAAAGAUUGAUCAUCCCUGUUAGAUUUCUAUGUACAUGUAGACCCUAAUGCUGUUUACAAAAAUGACAAAAAGAAAGACCAAAGAACAUUGAAAUCCGAAAUGGAUACCCGACAAAAUCAGGAAACAUUCUAGACAAAAUAUCCCAUGGGACAAAUUAGUCAUUUAGGUAGAAGAUGCGAAAAAUUGGUCACUGUCCAGUGCUGGGUGCGUCCGUGUAAAAGCAUCCUUAAAAUUGGAGCCGUUCAAAAUUGGAGGCAGGAACUGUUGAUCAUAGUAAUGGUCCAACCUUUUUGUUUUCAAAUUUUGCUGCAUUUAUGCAACAAAAUGACUGAGAAGGUUGAAUCCAGUAACUUUGUACCCAGAUCAAAAUGCCCUAUUGAAGUAAAGAAAUAUUUGGGGAAAACGUCCCGUAAAUGAUUCAACUGUCGUCCAUCAGUUAGAACAUUUACAACAGUUGGAACACUGUGUCAAAUUUGUUUGGGGACGGAUUUUUAUGCAAUUAUGCCUAAAUUAAAGGACCGCGGCGGUUCCUGUUAGCACGAACACUGUGUAUAGAAUGCAAGCAUAGGUGGUACAUCAAAACUGACAGUCGCAUUUCUGCUGUCAACAGCGCCGUUUAAAAAAAGUCACAAAAAAUAACAGUGUAGCAAGUGCUGUGUUGUCUGUGUGCAAGCAUAUGUUGGACUGAAGCAAGAACUUACGGAAACAAAUGUUGUGGGUCAAUGUGCACUUUUUGAAAAAAAUAUCUGUUGCGAAAAAAGGGGGCAGGAAUAAUUUCUUGAUUAAAGUGAGAUUAUGUUAUAUAUUACACGCCAUAUCGUUAAUUGCUGUCAUAAUUGUCUUGUCGAUACCUUGCUGUAAUUUUAAGCUUCGUAUUUAUUUGCUUUACUGAUUUUAACGUGUCGUUGAUGGCAAGGGGGCGCAGUUGCACCACAAGCAGCAUUUGAUAGUGACUGACAAUGUUUGGCAUUUGGCAGUUGCUCUUGUUCCUAAUGCGAGGAUGAGCAGCGCCCCCUGUAGUCAUGAGGCAGAGCUUGUAAAUUGGUCAUUCAUGAGAUUGCAUUGCAUGUUGUUGAAGUCCUCGUGAUGUUGACCAUCUUGAUCUCAGCAUUUCAGAUACGAAUAACCAAAAUUGUGUUCUUUUCGCAUCCAUGGAACUGUAGGGGAAGAAAAACCAAAACAAACCUACCAAAAAAAAAGUGACUUUGCUAAUGAUUUCCCAAACAGUUUUGAUUUGUGUCAACAGUUUAAUCUUAUGAAUAAUAGAUUGUAGAAAAAUCCAUCAUUUAAGUAUGAAAAGAGACAAAAAUACAAAACGUAAAAACUUGGUGAGAUUUGACUGUCCAUAUAUAGUUAUGCAUGCAGUGUAACCUAAUGUAGCAACCUGUACGUAAGUACCUAAGACGUUUUAUGCUUUACAUUUACAACUUGCUAGGUAAUUUGUUUUGCCUGUUUUAACCUGAAGCAGAAAUAUGUUGUCCAUCUUUGAGGAUAGUUCCAUUGACACAGGUAAAGAAAAUUUGUUUUUAAAAGUUUCUGAUUUUUUGUAGUUUCACUAGGCCCUAGCAUAAUGUUCAAGAAAUUGCCAUUUGCCAAAAAUAAUAAUGGGAUAAAUUUAGACAAAGUAGAGUGAUAGAGGAGUUAUUUGAAUCUUGUAAUGUGGUAUUUUGUUAUCCAUAGCCACGGCUGUUUAACUUGCAUGCUGAUUGAUUAUUUUCAGUAAAAAAAAAUCCUUCAUUGUUGACUUUGAUUUCUUGAAGUGUAAUUAAGAAAUGGCUUUGAAAUUAUCCUGUGACUUAGGAUAGUUGGAAAAUGUACCUCCAAAUUACAGAACACCAGUUGCUCCAAUUUAAUUGAGUUGAAUUGCAAAAGUGAUGUGACUUUAUUUAGUGGACAGUGCAGUGGAAACAUUUUGGAUCUUUUUCCUUUUCCCUGAACAAUGAAUUUAGAGACAUUCUGUGAAUGUCUGUAAGGGAGAUUUCUUUUAAAAAUUACCCUUAAGUUUGAAUUAUAUUGAUAAAUGGCACCAGAAUUUCUAAAACUGAAGGAUUCCCCAAAAUGGAGAAAAUUUUUAAUGUGUAACUUGUGGCUUUUGAUUCUGUUUGUCAUGAGAUAACUUAAAAUUAAUAAAAUAUUUAGGGUAUUCCAAUUUCUUCGGCUUUAUUGUGAGUAGAGUUUUUCCUGGAGGUGUCAUAAGAUAUUAAAUUGCUGGUGCCGUGCAGUUUUUUUUUCAGGAUGAAUUUCUAUCUGCAGGAAAAACUCUACUCACAAUAAAGCCGAAGAAAUUAGAAUACCCUAAAUAUUUUAUGAAUUUAUUACCAGCUUGCAUUUUUUCCCCCGUGAGCUUUUUUUGUGUGGGAAAUAAACCUGACUGCAGCAUACAUGGGCCAAUCAGCAGUUUGCCCCAGAUUUUGUUUGUAACUAAUUGGUCACUUUGGUAUGUAGUGUUUCUCUCUUUUUUGCAGUCUUACUUACUAGCCAAUUUACAAAAGGUUUAGCAGUAGUGUCAUUUUGCUAGGAUUAUUAAUCCCUACCGUAUUUUGCUGUCCUUUUUGAAGAAAAGUAGUGUGCCCUCUGCUAGGAAGUUUUAGUUCAGAAAUUUGUGGCAUAGAUUUUACAACUUUAAGACCUUGAAAACCUUAGUGUGAUGGUUGUAUCCAGUAUAUAUUGAGUCCAGUUGUGUUGAAAGAGUGAAAAAUUGUUGCACCAGAAAAAUAUAUCAAGGUACAAUUUUUUUUUUGCUUUUUGAAAAGCAGUAUGUUUCCAUGGCAUAAUUCAGUUGACAAAGACUGUAAUCUGAAAAGAUGCUCAGACUAAAUUAAUGGAAUCAGUCAUUUCCGGAACAACUGGGGAGAAUAUCAUUCAGGGUGGUGCGUGUGCAGCCAUCCUGGUAUGGUUCCACAGGCGCCAGGUAUCACGGACGCCAAAGGUGAAUUUGCCCGUUGAACCUCGCUCUGAAUGGCAAGUUUGUCUGGAAAGUAGCUGCAAAAAAUCAAGUCGUAGUGUCCAGGAAAAAGCUUUUCGCCAAACGCCCAGGUUUUCCCCAGUUAACACUUGCCGACGGUCAAUACAGAGAUCUCAAAGUCGCUUGUUUUUUGGUCUGUGCCAAACAAGCUCAUGGCAGCCUUUGAAAUGUCAAAGCAUGCAACACUGUGUGGAGUAUGUUUACCUGUAUAUUGAAAUAAAUUGCUGUUAUAUGCCAGCAAGAUUAUUAAUGUUUAUGUAAGAAUUGUUUGUAGAAAUGCUACCUUAAUCUGUGCUUUUUUAAAGCUGUAAUUUGUAGAUAUGCCUCCAUUCCAUUGCAUAUUGCAUUCAGUGAAUAUUUUGGUCAUUGGAACAGAGCAUUGGGGGUUUUGUCCUGAGUGGAUAUUGAAAAGACAAACAAAAGAAAAAUAAAAAUUGAUCCUUUUUUUUUUGUCAGACAACUUGCCUUACAGUUAAGCCACUUCAGUCAGUAACUUCAGGAUGGAAAUGACGACUGCAUUUUGUCAGUUCUCCAAAGUAGCAUCAACAGAAAAUAAUCUUGCGGAUAACUUGAGUUGGCUUUCAGUGUUCUGUUUACAAAUCGGUUUUGUGAGCCAGAUGUAAAAGUGUGGGUAACUUUGAAUUUGUACCCAAAAAAAAAAAAGAAUAAAUAAAGCAGCAAACCAUUAUUGCAAUAGCACCCGAUCAAAACCCUUUUGGACAAAGCUUGUGUCGUUUUGAGUGACAACCCUUUUUCAUUCAACAUCUUUGCUAAAAAAAGCUGAUCAGUCUUUGUUGCCUCCCAUCAUUUUCACCAUUCAGCAACGAGGGAAGUUCCAGAACUGCCCAGCGUUUGUAAGUGAUUAAAAGCCGAGAAAGCAAAUUAGAAGCGUGGGUGAUAUUUUUGUGCAGCCAAAUGUUUGCACCGUGCUUUGUUCAUUUGGGGCUCUCUCGUGCGUGGGUUCACUCACCGGGGAUGGGUAAGCUUUAAAAAUGCACAGAAAGGUUUCAAUUUAAGAGUCCAGACACCUUCACGGCAAACAUUUGUUGAUGGGUCAUGACUUGUGAGUAGUAACUCUGCUUUGCAAUGCUCUUUACUUGAUGGCUUAGUAAGGUAUGUCCGUUAUGUGUCUGCUAAAUAGUAUUCGAUGUGCAGCACAAACUUCAGAUGCAUGAGUAGAUUUCUUUUAGUGUAAAAUUUUACUCUGUGUACAGUGUAACCACUCAAGAAUUUUUAAAGCAAACGAGGGAUGAACGUGGAUUGGAGGGAUGCAAUGCUUGUGUCUGUGACAGGACUUGGAAACCUUGCAGUGUUGUUCAGCUCACAGCUUGAAAUGUAAACAGCUUGUUCAAGCUUGGGGCAUCACAAAAUAUCUGGCAAAUAUGUGGAGAGCUGCAUCUUGGUUUGUUAUUUUGUCAUAUUGUGCCUGUGUAUUCAUUUGCAAAAAUUGUACGUCAUUUUCUGCAAGAGAGACUUUUUCAUGAAAUUUUCGACUUUUAUUAAAGAAAAACAGUUGAAAAACGAUAUUUUAACAGAUUCAUUUAUUAGAUUGAUUUCUGUAACAUGCAUUGUAAUUUUCUAUUGUAUUUUAUUUUUACGUUUGUAAUUAUAACAGUAUUUGUAGUUGUGUUUUGAACGUUAGCGUUACAGGUUCUUGUCUCUGCAGUUUCUGAAAGCUGCUAAUUCCAAGUCCUGUUACAGGCUCUCUGAAGAACUGACAUUAUGGAGAGUGAAAUUGUACAGAAGAGAAAAAUGGAAGGUUGGAUGUCUCAAGAAAGUGGAGCAUGGCAGGCAAGACUGGGCCAUUGAUUGAUAAUGAUUGUUAAGUCGUAGCUUUGACCUGGGGCGUGAGCUUGAGUCAGGCCUACAGAGGAAUGCUUUUGUCACAGUUCAUUUGAGCAGCUCAUGAGUUGGCCCAAGACUGGAUGGCUUGUAAUGGCCAUACCAGUGAUGAUCAGCUCUGGUUGGGCAUGGCAAAACCCAUGUCAAAUUGGCAACAUACACAAGGGUAAUAUGAGCUCCGUGUCAUAUGCUUUGUACGAUCGGAAUUUCGACGCCAUAGUAUUAACUGAAGUAUUGUCUUGUGCAGGAAUGGUACAGUAGUCCCGAUGGCCAGUGUUACUGACCACAGUGAGCAGAACAAUAAUGUAUUCAACACAUUUGUAAAAGAAGUUUCUAUUUUGAAAGUACAGACAUUGUUUUGGGGUUCUUUUAAUGCAAGGAUGAAGCUCUCUACUCUCCAAGCAGCUGAGCUGUGUGCUGGAAAUAACUGCAGAAUCAGAUAUUUUGUGUAACCAUGGUAACUUGGUUUGUAGCUUGUAAUGUGCAGCUGAUGUACUACAAAGCAAAGGCAUUAAAACAAACUAGAAAGGGAUUUUAGCUCAGAAACUGGAUAUCUGAAAAUGAGUUGAGUGGAACUUAUUUUGCUUAACAGGUUUGGUCACCAGUGCCGUAUUAAAAGGGUUCAUCUUAGCUGGUUGCCUGCAAAUUAGUUUGUUGAGCAAAAUACUUUCUGCCACAAAUUUGGAUAACUUCUCUCAUUAACCUGAGAUGGUUAUAUAGGAGUAGUAACUUACAUGCUCUGUGGUUGGUAAUGAGGUUAAAAAGGGCACCAGGUUAUUAAUAAGCCGUAGCCCAACGGUGUCUUCCUGCUUAAAUCAGUGGCUUAUGCGAUGUGGCUUCGUACCCAAUCUACUGUGUAUGUUUUGGAAUGGAAUUCAUAACAGGUCAUCUGUCUAAAAGCCGUAGUCGAAAGCCUUAAUGUAUGUACCAUGGCCGAAGGUUUUGUAACAAGCUUUGUUGGAUGUUUAACCUUGCAAGAAUAUAAUCAGCUUUAGUAGAAAACGGA